GCUUUCCCCCUACAACGCGAGCAGAGAUGAGCAACCAUGCUACUUUGUCUGUUCAUCAUUCCUUGAAAAUCGCUUCCGUUGUCUUCGGCUCGGCUGGCAAUUCGCGACAGCUCGCUGUCGAUCGUGUCAAUACAGCACAGGGUGAACCGUCUUUCACAUUCAACUACUCGAAUAACGAUCCAAUUGAGUUUAUUCAGUACCACGCUGAUCAGGAACCCCUGUCAAAGUGGACGGUGAUGACGGUCUUCGAUUGGAUUUUCAGCUGGAAGCUUCAACGGAGGAUGAUACAGACUUGCUAACAAGCUUGACAUACGUGUGUGCAGGCUCUCCGCAGGACCUUAAUCGACUAAUUACGCGGGAGUUUUCUACCGACCCUAAUUUUCAAAAUCAUGAACAAGUAUCUUUAAUUGGGAAUGUUCCUCUCGAAAAAGCUAGUGGCAGUAAAGUUAUUGAUUGGAGUUGGAAUUACAUCCCUAUAGGACCCUUGGACUUUCGGUAUAAUGGAAGACCCAUUUACGUCUGUUUUGCUGAGUACGACAAGCACAGUAAUUGCUUGGUACCGUUGGACUAUUUUCAGUUUUGGGUGAAAGAACUUUUUACCGAUUCUUCCCAGUCUCCUUUAGACGAACAAGCGUUUCGACAGCUACAACGGCCUGUUGACGCGAUGCCUUACGAGCAAACUCAGACAGAUACGAGCGCUGUUCCUUCAGAUGCCAUCUUGUCACCCAUUCACUAUCCCUCCGUUCGAGAAAUGGAUCAGGCAGAGCCUCAGGAUGGCCCCCUGUUCCGGGCAACAAUGCUGAAUUUCGAACGUACCGCUAACGAAACUCGUUCAGCGUUGAAGAAAGUCAUCAAACGUUCGGAAGAUUAUGCCCAAACCAGCGGACUGAUGUACGUCUCAAACAAUGAAUUUAGUCAAGUGUUAAGCAAGGCUGCCAAUGUAAACCCCCCUGCGUUUGGUCCUUUUGUUGACCAUUACCAUCGUGAAAGUUCACGGCUACUUUCCUCAUUUUACCUAGACAGAGCUCAGCUUGUGCGUUCCAAACUUGUUGAGCCGCUUCGCAAAAUUUACGAAAAUGACAUUAAAACGACGGACUCGAAGAAGAAAGAUUUUGAAGAGCGAAGUCGCGACUUUUAUGCAUCGCUUUCACGGUACCUGUCCAAAAAUAAAGAAGCCGACAAAGUCAAAGACUCAAAGUUUUCGGCUAAAAAACGUGAAUUUGAACUCACGCGCUUUGAUUAUUAUUCCUACAUGCAGGAUAUUAAUGGCGGACGUAAGGGACAAGAAAUUCUUUCGGUUUUAACAAAUUUUGCAACGCAAGACUAUGCUCUUAUCAAUCAGCUUUUGAGUGAUAUAAAAAAUCUACGCCCGAACUUGGAUGUUCUCCGUGAAACGGUUACGGAAGCUGAUAAAGAGUUUCAACUGAUCCGUGCGGGUCGCGAAGAACGUCGUCGCACGUUGGAAACAAGUACACUCGAAUCGGAAGAUUUGGACGCUGAACUAGCUGCACAAGCGUAUUCCGUUCAGCUUGAAAAGAGCUCGGCUGCUAAGCAGGGCCUUUUGUUGGCUUUGUCUAAAACUAGUUCAGACAUCCAAGUUGUGCCCAAGACGAAUUGGCACAAGUACUGGGUUGUCCUUGAUCACGGACGUAUAUGUGAAUAUUCGAACUGGAAACAAUCUCUUGAGCUUCAUACGGAACCCAUCAACUUGCUGAUGGCAAGUGUUCGUGAAGCUAAGAAUGUUGGCCGGCGGUUUUGUUUUGAGGUAAUAACCCCGCAGCUUCGACGUGUGUACCAAGCAACAUCGCAAACAGAGCUUGUUUCUUGGCUCGAGGCUAUCCAAGCAGCAAUUGCUGAAAGUAUCGCCUUGAAAGGGAAGAAACAGCACGGAGAUUCCUCUAUCAUCAGCAACACGAAUCAUCGCAAUCUCUCAUCUGCUUCUAGUAAUGGAGGAAAUGCUUUACACAGACGUGCCUCUUCGCUUAGUCCUGGACAGCGGCAUACUCGUUCGGAAUCGGUUGAAGUGAAAGUAUCAAAGCCAUCCUUGGUGUCUGUUCUAAAGACACUUCAUCCAAGCGACGAAUACUGUGCUGACUGUGGUUCAAGAACGAAGGUUGAAUGGUGCUCUAUCAACUUCCCCGUGGUUUUGUGUAUUGACUGUUCUGGAAUUCACCGCUCUCUGGGUACUCAUAUUUCUAAGGUUCGAUCUUUGACCCUGGACAAACUUUCACAUGAGACCGUUGAACUUUUGCGAAACACUGGCAAUGCGCUUGUCAAUGACAUUUACGAAGCGAAUCUUCCUAGUUCUGCGCAGAAGCAGGCGAUGCUUGAUAGCCCGCUUUCGAGAGCUAGUUUUAUUAAGGACAAGUAUACGAAACGGGCAUAUGUACAAAGUGUUCCUGGAGACGCUCUUGAGACUCUGCUAGAGGCAAUCAAAGCAAACAAUAUACGCGAUAUUAUAUGGUGUUUGGCUUCUAUCGAAGGAGUCAUUCCCACGAUUGCAAUGGAGACUGCUUUGAAGCAGGAUGCCUUGAUGAUUGCAGAGCUUCUGGGGCAUAACGGCGUUGCGCUACCAACAGACGAAGCGUUUUUGGCUUCAUGUUCUGUAAAAGCUCGGCAGUACAUCGCUUACAGAACAGGUAAACAAGUGGUGAUACCAGCUUCAACGACGACAGCUCCAAAAGUGACGAGGCAUUCGACUUCAACUUCACAUUCUGAGUUACCGACUGGUGGACGAGCAACUGAUUAA